AUGAUAUUAUCCCUAUUAUUGUUUCUUUGUGUGUUUGCUGACAAAUAUUAUGUUGUUGAUGAUUUCCAUUCGUUCACUUAUUUCCCGAUCAACAAAUGCACUUACUAUGAUGGAAAUUAUUAUGAAUAUUUGUUUAAUGAACCAGCAUUAGUAUUAUCCAUUGCCACUUAUGCCGAUAAAUUAUGCACUAUCCAAAUAGAAAACAAACACAAAACAAUUGAUUUAAAUCAAAUCACUGAUUCAUUUAACAACUCCCUUCAAUACAUUCAUAUCCCAUCAUCUGAAUGUACUGCUGAUUUUAAAUUAGAAAGAAUAACAGGAUAUACAGUAACUGUAUUUAAGAAUUAUUGUGUUGCAAAUGAAACUGAAGGAACAGUUCUAUCAACACUUCUUAUAAAUAACACUAACACAUAUGUUGGAUUUGCACAUAAAAUUAAUAAAGAUAAAGAAUGUGAAACAUACACAAAAUACAACAUAAUAUCUGAAGUAGGAUGUGAUAGAAAACAUAACAGAUAUUACAUCAACACUACUAUUUGUUCAGAAGGAGAAAUAUUUAAUGGAGAAGAAUGUAUUUGUAAUUCAUAUGAAAAUUAUCAAUUAGAAGAAGAAGAAUGUGUAUUAAAAUUAGAAGAAGAUAAAUUAAAAGCAGGUCAAUUAGUUUCAGCAUUAAUAGUAGUAAUAGUAUCAGGAUUAAUAUUUGUUGGAUUAGUUGUGUUUGCAACAAUGAAAAAGAUUCUUCACAGAAAUGAGUAA